AUGCCCGCAUGCCAUCACUCAAACCUCGUGCCACAAGACCCGUCGCCCCACGAUGCAACGCGAGUGUCGCGCGAGUUUCACGCGCGUGACCUAUGUCGCAAGAUGCCCGAGCGCUCCAGGCCUCACGCCGCGCAUGGCAGCAUGCCCAAGCCUCGCGUGCCCAUGAGGCUGGGAGUUCAAAAACGCACGUGGACGGAAUUUUGGCUCGAUUUUGAAUCCUAUUUUAUGGGGACUCCUGCCCAGGGGCUAAAAAACUUCCAGAACUCGUUUUUUCGCUAUCUACCCGCCGCCGCCGCAAUGGACGUCACUGAAGAGGAGCGAUCACAUCUUCUGAACAGAGCCACCGACCACACAAGGAAGAAGCGCAAGAGAAACAGAAACAACAAAAAGAACACUGUAAAAGCCCCACAAGUUGAAGAAGAGGAAAAUCGCGAGGAAGACGAUGAAGAACGCGAAGAAGACGAGGUAAAUAGAAAGGAUGAGGAGGAAGUUGAAGAAGAAGAAGAGGAGGAGGAGGAAGAUGAAGAACAAGUAGGAGAAGAAGAAGAAGAUGAUGAUGAUGAUGAUGAGGAGGAGGAGGAAGAAGAAGAAGAAGACGAAGAAGAAGAAGAAGAAGAAGAGACUGACGAGAAAGGAGCUGAAAUGGAGAAGAAGAAGAAUAAAUUGAAGAUGGAAGAAAAAGAUUUGGAGGAGGUAGGUUUGAAGAAAGAGGCUAAGGCAAGUGGUUCGCAUGGGAUUAUGAGCUCUGAAGCAUUUUCUGCGCUGCCCAUCUCUGAGCCCACCAUGAAUGCCAUCAAAGACUUGGGGUUUCAGUAUAUGACUCAGAUCCAAGCUAGAGGGAUACCACCACUACUUGAAGGCAAGGAUGUUCUUGGAGCUGCAAGGACAGGGUCGGGGAAAACCCUUGCUUUUCUGGUACCAGCUGUCGAGUUGUUGUACAACAUCCGUUUUACUCCUCGAAAUGGGACUGGUGUUAUUGUUAUUUGCCCGACAAGGGAGCUGGCCAUACAGACACAUGCUGUAGCGAAGGACCUUCUUAAAUAUCAUUCUCAAACACUUGGACUGGUUAUUGGUGGUUCAGCUAGAAGAGGAGAAGCAGAGCGAAUAGCCAGAGGGGUAAAUCUUUUGGUAGCAACCCCUGGUAGACUUCUUGACCAUCUUCAGAACACCAAAGGCUUUAUAUAUAAGAACUUAAAGUGCCUUAUGAUUGAUGAAGCUGAUCGAAUUUUGGAAGCCAACUUUGAGGAGGAAAUGAAGCAAAUCAUUAAAAUUUUGCCUAAGGUGAGGCAAACAGCUCUCUUCUCUGCCACACAAACAAAGAAGGUUGAAGAUCUUGCACGCCUAUCAUUUCAGACAACUCCUGUCUAUGUAGAUGUUGAUGAUGGAAGGAGGAGGGUCACCAAUGAAGGACUGCAGCAAGGCUACUGUGUUGUCCCUAGUGCCAAGAGAUUUAUUCUUCUCUAUUCUUUCUUGAAAAGGAACUUGUCAAAGAAAGUGAUGGUUUUCUUCUCCUCUUGCAAUUCUGUAAAAUUUCAUUCAGAGCUUCUCAGAUACAUUCAGAUCGAUUGUCUUGAUAUUCAUGGCAAGCAAAAGCAGCAGAAACGAACCACAACCUUCUUCGAUUUCUGCAAAGCAGAGAAGGGCAUCUUAUUAUGUACUGAUGUAGCAGCACGUGGCCUUGAUAUUCCUUCUGUGGAUUGGAUUGUGCAGUAUGAUCCUCCUGAUGAGCCCAAGGAAUACAUUCAUAGAGUUGGACGUACAGCUCGUGGGGAAGGUGCGAAAGGGAAUGCUCUGCUUUUCUUGAUUCCAGAAGAGUUACAGUUUCUUCGUUACCUUAAGGCUGCAAAGGUCCCCGUCAAGGAGUAUGAGUUUGAUCAGAAGAAGCUAUCGAACGUGCAAUCUCACUUGGAGAAGUUGGUCUCGAACAACUAUUACUUGAACAAGUCGGCUAAAGAUGCGUACAGAUCAUAUAUUCUAGCAUAUAAUUCACAUUCUAUGAAAGACAUCUUUAAUGUGCAUCGACUUGAUCUACAGGCUGUUGCUGCUUCAUUUUGCUUUACUUCGCCUCCAAAAGUAAACUUAAACAUCGAUAGCAAUGCGUCCAAGUUCAGGAAAAAAGCUCGACGAGUUGAAGGAACUCGACAUGGUUUUAGUGAUAGCAAUCCGUAUGGGAGGAAAGCUGAAGGCGAUGUUCGACAAUUUGUUAGGUAUUAAAUUUAGCGUUCUUUAUCUUUUUAGCAAGCGAAAGCUCGUCUAGUUAUGGAAGAUGGUCUCCACUUGCUGGCCCGGGUCAUCAUUUUGCAGUGAGAGUUUUGCAUUAAACGCAGUUUCCAUAUAAUUUGUAUCUGAUAUCAAGAUUAUGUCAUCUCGAAAAAACUAAGAAUUUUGCUGGAUCAUGUUUUAGCUUGGAUUAUUAAUUUUAAACUAGUAGUCACCCGUGCGAUGCACGGGGAUAUUAUUAUCUAUAAUGUGUUAUGCAGGCAAUGAUCAUGAUCAUAAUAAUAGACAUAUAAACAUAUCAUUAAAUUGAAAAA